GGUGCUCCGCGAGGCACCAAGCGGCCGGCAGCUGGGGGCGCGGCAGAGGAACUACAGCUCCCGGCGGCCGCCGCGGCCGCCCCGCUCCCGUCCUGCGCUGCGCUGCGCGCCCAACCGCCGCCAUUUGAACCGAGCCAUGGCGGCCGCUCCGGACGUUGUGCCCGAGGAAUGGCGACUCUACUUCCUCUCCACACGGAUCGCCACCUUCUGCAACUGGCCGUUCACGGAGGGCUGCGUCUGCACGCCCGAGCGGAUGGCGGCGGCGGGGUUCAUCCACUGUCCCAGCGAGAACAGCCCCGACGUGGCACAGUGCUUCUUCUGCUUCAAGGAGCUGGAGGGAUGGGAGCCCGACGAUGACCCUGUAGAGGAGCAUAAAAAACACUCUGCAGGCUGUGCUUUCAUUAGCCUGCAGAAGGAUGCCAGUAGCCUGACACUGCAGGAGUUCCUGAAGCUGGACAAAGAACGAAUGAGGAACUUAAUUAAAAAAAGCAUUUCCCAGAAGGUGAGCAGCAUUGAGGAUGCAGCUGCCAGCGUGCGCCGUCAAAUAGAGAACCUGCCCUCCUAGGACACUGACUUCUGCCUUGUACAUGAUCCUCUGGCACUGCCCCGUCCUGUUUUACCAAGGCUGCAUUCCAAGUGUCUCUGAGAAACAGACUGAUCUCUCCUUCAUUCCCCCGAGCCUAC